AUGUCUGCAGAGCCUGAUCACGGCCCGUCGAAGCACAAGGUCAACUUGAAUGACCCUUCAGGCGCUGAAAAGAAAGAGGAACUUGAUACAUCCACGGCUAUCCUUAAAAAGAAGAAGAAGCCAAAUUCGUUGAUUGUUACCGAUGCCGUUAACGAUGACAACUCCGUCAUUGCUCUUUCUAACAAUACCAUGGAGACACUCCAGCUCUUCCGUGGAGACACAGUUCUCGUAAAAGGAAAAAUGCGGAGAGAUACUGUUUUGAUUGUCCUUGCAGAUGAUGAGCUCGAUGAUGGAAGUGCCCGUAUCAACCGCGUUGUUCGACACAAUCUGCGUGUCAAGCACGGGGACGUCAUUACUGUCCAUCCUUGCCCCGAUAUUAAAUACGCAAAACGCAUUGCUGUUCUACCAAUUGCCGAUACUGUGGAAGGUCUUACUGGAUCGCUUUUCGAUGUUUUCCUUGCCCCAUAUUUUCGUGAAGCCUACCGACCGGUUCGACAAGGCGAUUUAUUUACAGUCCGUGGUGGUAUGCGUCAAGUAGAAUUCAAAGUUGUUGAAGUUGAUCCACCAGAGUACGGUAUCGUUGCCCAGGACACAAUGAUUCACUGUGAGGGUGAGCCUAUCCAGCGAGAAGAUGAAGAAGGCAACCUCAACGAUGUUGGCUAUGAUGAUAUCGGUGGUUGCCGCAAACAAAUGGCUCAGAUUCGAGAGCUGGUUGAGCUGCCUCUUCGCCACCCUCAGCUUUUCAAAUCGAUUGGUAUUAAACCUCCCCGUGGUAUUCUCAUGUUUGGACCCCCCGGUACUGGUAAGACCUUGAUGGCUCGUGCUGUGGCCAAUGAGACUGGUGCUUUCUUUUUCUUGAUCAAUGGUCCUGAAAUCAUGUCGAAAAUGGCUGGUGAAUCCGAAUCCAACUUGCGUAAGGCGUUUGAAGAGGCAGAGAAGAAUUCUCCUGCUAUUAUCUUUAUUGACGAGAUUGAUUCGAUUGCACCCAAGCGUGACAAAACCAACGGCGAGGUUGAACGCCGCGUUGUCUCUCAGCUUUUGACUCUCAUGGAUGGUAUGAAGGCCCGUUCCAAUGUCGUCGUCAUGGCCGCAACCAACCGCCCCAAUUCCGUCGACCCUGCUCUUAGACGGUUCGGCCGUUUCGACCGUGAGGUCGACAUUGGUAUUCCAGACCCGACUGGUCGUCUAGAGAUUCUUCAAAUUCACACCAAGAAUAUGAAGCUUGGCGAGGACGUCGACCUUGAGGCCAUCGCGGCGGAAACCCAUGGUUAUGUUGGUUCUGAUAUUGCUUCUCUCUGCUCAGAGGCUGCGAUGCAACAAAUUCGUGAAAAGAUGGACCUCAUCGAUCUUGACGAAGAUACGAUCGACGCUGAGGUGCUUGACUCCCUAGGCGUGACAAUGGAGAACUUCCGAUUUGCACUUGGUGUUUCCAAUCCGUCUGCUCUUCGUGAAGUCGCCGUUGUCGAGGUUCCCAACGUCCGCUGGGAAGAUAUUGGUGGACUGGAGACCGUCAAGAGAGAGCUUAUCGAAAGUGUCCAGUACCCAGUCGACCACCCCGAGAAAUUCCUCAAAUUUGGUCUUUCUCCUUCCAAAGGUGUUCUCUUCUAUGGCCCACCAGGAACUGGUAAAACUUUACUUGCGAAAGCCGUCGCCAACGAAUGUGCUGCCAAUUUCAUUUCUGUUAAGGGCCCUGAAUUGUUGAGUAUGUGGUUCGGUGAAUCUGAAAGUAAUAUCCGCGAUAUUUUCGACAAGGCGAGAGCGGCCGCUCCAUGUGUUGUUUUCCUAGACGAACUUGAUUCCAUUGCUAAAUCUCGUGGCGGGUCUGUGGGUGAUGCUGGAGGCGCCUCUGACCGUGUCGUUAACCAACUUCUUACAGAAAUGGAUGGAAUGACAUCUAAGAAGAACGUCUUUGUCAUCGGUGCCACUAAUCGUCCCGAGCAACUCGAUAAUGCCUUGUGCCGUCCCGGCCGUCUUGAUACCCUCGUUUAUGUUCCUCUUCCUAACGAGUCAGAGCGUGUCUCGAUUUUGAAGGCACAACUCCGCAAGACACCUGUUGCCCCAGAUGUCGAUUUGCAAUUCAUUGCUAGCAAGACCCAUGGAUUUUCUGGUGCUGAUCUCGGCUUUGUUACACAACGUGCAGCUAAGCUCGCUAUCAAACAAGCAAUCUCUGUGGAAAUUGAACGGACAAAAGAACGAGAAGCCGCUGGUGAAGAUGUUACUAUGGAUGAAGAUGUUGAUGACCCAGUUCCAGAACUCACACGCGCUCAUUUUGAGGAGGCCAUGCAAAUGGCUCGCCGCUCUGUAAACGAUACGGAAAUCCGACGGUAUGAAGCAUUUGCACAAAGUAUGAAGAACUCGAGUGGGAGCAAUUUUUUCCGAUUCCCAAGUGAACAAGAGAGUGCCCAGGCCGGUUUCGGUGACGCCGGCAAUGAUGACAGCCUGUAUGACUAA